AUGAAUAGGAGAGGUGCAGGAGCAGGAGGCUCGUCGAAUUCUCAGACCCCGAUCGCGGAAGAUCCGCGUAUGGAAGGAGUUCUUAGGGUGUUAGAGAGGAUUGGGAAUAUAUUGGAUAGGCAAGCUCAAGAGCGAGUUAAUGCGACCGCCCAAGCUGCUUAUGCUGCAGCCGCUGUAGUUAAUGAGAAUGCUGGAGUAGGGGAUCCGGAAGCUGCUUCUAAAUGGGUUGAGGAAUUAGAAAAAGCUUUCGCGUUAUUGGGGUGUACUGAAGCGGAGAAAGUGACCCUGGCAGUGUACCAGCUUCAGGGUAAUGCGAGCGACUGGUGGAAAGCCACGCAAGGCCGAGUGUUCCCAGCAUGUGUGGAUCAGAAUUGGACGGCCUUUGUUCAGGCUUUUAAUGAGAAGUAUUUCUCGGUAAGUGCCCGAGAAAGAAAGAUGACAGCUUUUCUUAGGUUGCAGCAGAACCAAAUGACCGUGGAUCAAUAUGAGGCAGAAUUUGCCAGGCUGUCUAAAUUUGCGCCGAGAAUGGUAGAACAUCCUGAGGAUAGGGCGCAAAGGUUUCGGGAUGGACUGAUGGCUGAUAUUCGUAGUCAACUGAUACCGAUAAAUUUGAGGACUUAUGAGGAAUUAUAUGAGAGGGCCUAA